AUGAGCCCGAUCCCCAAGAUCCACAAUGGUUUGCGCACCUGGAUCAGGCGGGAUGAGGUCACCAAACCUACCGACCCCAACGGACUCGUCCUCGAAGCUUGGGCUGAAGGAUACAUGAUUGGUUCUCUCAUCAUCAUGUCCUGUAUCACGCUGGCAAACAUGCGGCGAGGUGUCUUGCUACACAAGUUGAUUCUCCUCGAGCUGGUUCUGGGCUACUGGCAGGGUUUUUUCAUCCUCUUCAACCCUCCCGUGUACGCGUGGUGGUUGUCCGUUGCGGCCAUAUUCCUCAACACUUCCUGGUCAUUGCACAAUGUCAUUGCCUGGAUGAAAUUGAGGCCUUUCUUGAGCAGGUGGGCUAGUCGCCUCUUCAUCGGGACCGUCAUUUUGGUCCAGCCAUACUGGGUCGUGGAAAUAUAUGCCAACUUCACGUAUUUCCAUAACGUGAACAAGGUCUUCCUGAAGACGAGGCCUUGGGAAGCAUUAUGCCGAGAUCCGUGGUGGAUCCUCGCCGGUUGCCUCUUGGUCUAUAACAUCAAGACCAGGUACGACCUGACACUGACCCAAAUUAUCCGGAUAUCUCCUCGCUUUGCCGUGAUGCUUGGUGCCAUGUUCCUCAGCAUCUGCUUCAUCGUGCUUGACGUCUUGUCCGUCACCUCGGCACUGAAGUCCGCCCUGCCGGUUGGAAUCAAUCCAUUUUGGAAGCUUUCCUUUGUCUUUAAAUGCUUGACCGAUUCGGUUGUUUUGGACGACUUUAAGACUGCCCUGGACCGACUGAGGGCUUUCAAAAUCAGCAGACUCGGCAGCUUCGCCGUCGAUGGUGCCGACAGUCGGUCUAAGCAGCAUAAGGAAGACGUGUCCAGGAUCAACAAUUGGGCGUCCCCCACGGCGAAUGGAGUUCGGCCCCAGCCUGUUGGUCCUCUGCCCGCCAUGCCCAGUCCCGAUGGCGAUUAUAUCAAACCUCGGUGGGAAGGGCUCAAACAGGGACCACCACCGGAUGACGUGGAAGAUGGGCAAUACAAGAGAAACGCGUCUCGGGAUCGUGACGCCGAAGAGAAGACGUCUAAUUCGAUCGAUUAUGCUGAUCCUCAACGGGAGGCGAGCGACACAUAUAUGCUGAAACCUUCGACCAGUUGGCUGGACAGGCGAUCGUCUGACGAUACAUCCGAUGCCGAUAUCGAAUACGCCAUGGCUGUGAGGCAGAUGACGAAUGAUUCAAUGGAGCAACAACGCAAAAAGAAAAUAGCACCGAGUAUUGCCAGGUGA